CGAAGAGAAGAGUUUGGAGGAGCAACUUCGAGAAGACGAGGAAAAAGGUCUGCGAUGGACAAUCAGAACAUUCCGAUCACUGAUGUGGAUGUGAGAAGUCAUGAAAACAACUUGGCUCACCGCACCAGGGAGAUUGAUCGGGAGCGCUUGAUCGUCCGCAGGGGUCAACCCUUCUCCAUAUCUCUGCAGUGCUGCGACUCGCUGACCCGGAAUCACCAUCUGGAACUGUCCCUGCACCUCGGUAAGAAAGAUGAGGUGGUGAUCAAGGUGCACAAUGAGCCUGAGGCUGGAGGCAAGUGGUGGUUUAACCAUCAGAAAGUGCAGGAUGAAAUUCUGCUGACUCUACACAGUCCAGCGGACGCCAUCAUUGGCGAGUACCACCUGACUGUGUUGAUCAAGUCACCGGAUGGACACUUUGUGAAGAAGACUAAGAACAUUGGAUUCCACCUGCUCUUUAACCCCUGGUGCAAAGGUGAGAGCUCACUGAUAAUAAUCACCAGAGUAAUUAUACAUUCAUAUACUGCAUUUUAUGUUGAAUUUUCUUUUGUGUGUCUCUCUCAGUUUGAGGACUAUGUGAUGGACAUCUGUUUUCAAGUUCUGGACAACUCCAAGGAAGCCCUGAAGAAUUCAAAGAUGGACAUUGAGAAGAGAUCUGACCCUGUCUAUGUCAGCAGGAUGAUCACUGCGAUGGUGAACUCUAACGGUGACAGGGGUGUGCUGACUGGUCAGUGGCACGAGCCAUACACUGGCGGGUUCUCACCACUUCGAUGGACCGGCAGCGUGCCCAUCCUCCGGAAGUGGAGCAAGGCCGAGGUCAGGGCGGUCAAAUAUGGCCAGUGCUGGGUGUUUGCUGCUGUCGCCUGCACAGUGCUGCGUUGUCUGGGAAUCCCAACACGCAACAUCACUAACUUCAAUUCAGCACAUGAUGUCGAUGGAAACCUCUCCGUCGACAUCGUGUUGAACAAAGAAAUGGAGAGCGCUGGCAAGAAGGACAGUAGCUGGAACUUCCACUGUUGGAUUGAGUCCUGGAUGAGGAGAGACGACCUCUCUAAAGGAAAUGACGGCUGGCAAGUUUUGGACCCCACCCCUCAAGAACUGAGUGAUGGUGAGUAUUGCUGCGGCCCGUGUCCAGUCACCGCCAUCAAGGAGGGAAAUCUGAGUGUGAAGUACGACGCUCCGUUUAUCUUCGCUGAGGUGAACGCUGACAUCAUCUACUGGAUGGCUGGACCAGGAGGCGAACGGAAGAAGAUCGAUGUGGACCAGAGUGGUGUGGGGAAGAACAUCAGCACCAAAAGUCUUUAUGGCGACUACAGGGAGGAUGUCACUCUGCACUACAAAUACCCCGAAGGCUCCAAGAAGGAGAGAGAGGUGUACCAGAAGGCCGGACACCGAAUCAAAGAGCAGAUCUGUGAAAACAAAGGUCCACAACAACUGCAGCUGUCAGUCAAGCACGGGAAACCUGUAUUUGGCACUGACUUCGAUGUGAUAGUUGAGGUGAAGAAUGAAGGACAGAAAGACACCAGUCCACAGCUGCUAAUUGUGGUCAUGGCCAUAACCUACAAUUCCAUCAAUCAAGGGGAGUGUCAGAGGAAGGCGACCAUAGUGACCGUGCCGGCUCGCAAAACCCACAAGGAAGUGCUGCGUCUGCGCUACGACGACUAUGUCAAAUGUGUCUCUGAGCACCAUCUGAUCAGGGUGAAAGCGCUCAUGGAGGUUCCAGGGGACAACAAACCCGUCAUGAGUGUGGCCAACAUUCCACUAAGCAUGCCUGAGCUCCUGGUAGAGGUACCUGGGAGCAUCAUUGUUCAGGAGAAGGUGACAGCCUUCAUCUCCUUCACAAAUCCUCUAACUGUCCCACUGAAGCGUGGCAUGUUCACCGUGGAGGGGUCCGGACUACUGUCUGCCUCUGAGAUCUAUGUGAAAGGGGACAUUGCUCCAGGCCAGAAGGUUUCUGUCAAGAUCACCUUCACGCCCAUGAGGGUCGGGGUGAGGAAGCUCCUGGUGGACUUUGACUCUGACAGGCUGAAGGAUGUGAAAGGAGUCACGACAGUGGUCGUCCGCAAGAAAUCCUGUUUUAUUAGGUGUCCUUAAAAACAGACGGACACAUAUUAAAGUGUGAGAUAACCUGAGAGGUGUAACUCCCCUGUUGAAGAAAUGAUGAACACAAAAUAAACAAAAGGAUUAGGUCAAUAGUGAUGUUCUAAAAGUGACGCGUGAAGGCAGAUUAAUUACUGAUCUUCCUGGAUAAACAUGUCAAAAUCCAUUUGUCAAAUACUAGAUUCAUUUAAAGUUACCAUAUAUUUCAGCAUUUCUGACUUUGCAUCAUGUCUGACACUCGAUGUCCACAUGGAAAUAUAACAAACAGCAGGUGACAUGUUGUCCAUGUGACAAAUAUGUAAACAUUUUUUACUUUCUUAUAUUCCUUCUUGGGGCCAUUGGUUUUUGUCUUUUUAUCCUCAGACUGCAUUAAAUGAAAAUUAUCAGGGACUCAGUCAUGAGGUUCAGGCUUAAAACAUCGAUCUAUGUACGUGUCUUUUCUGAAAAAGAUCUAAAUCUGAUGCUUGUUCUGUUUCUUCAUUACCUGAUUUACACUAUGUUAGCCCACAUAUGAUGAAAAGAUUGUUUUAUGUAAUCUAAGUAUGCAUUAAUUUUCAUAAUGAAUUGGUGUGUUCAUGCUGAUGGGAAACUAUGCUUUCAAUAAAGA